AUGCUGUCCUCAUUCACCUUUCUCAUCCCGCUCUUUGGCGGUCUCGCGAGUGCGCAGAACCUCUGGGCGGCGCAUUACAGCGGAACCAUCAAUUACUUGACCUUCAGCGGUGGGAAUUCGUUGAAAUUGACAAAGGAGACGAAGACUGGCAAUACUAUGCCAAGUUGGAUUACCUAUGAUGGUCCCGGCAAAGCGCUCUACCUCCCCGACGAGACCUGGUACAGCCCAACUGGCAACCUCGUAGCAUUCAAAAUCGGCGAGAAUGGUGCAUUGACACCAAAUGGUAAGGUAGCGACGGAUCAGAGCAGUGUUGCUACGGAAUUGUACGGUGGUGCCGAUGGAAAGGGCUUCAUCGCCAAUGCUCAUUACGAACAAUCUUCCAUCUCCACGUUCAAGCUUCCCUUGAAUGGAGAAAAGCCACAGCAGGUGCUAAAGUGGACCAUGUCUGCGCCAGGACCGAAUGCAGCUCGCCAGAAGGGCCCGCACCCUCACCACGUGUUUACCGAUCCUACCGGCAACUUCUUGCUUGCUCCUGAUCUAGGCGCUGAUAUCGUCCGCAUCUUCCAAAUCGAGAAGGCUUCAGGUCAGCUCAAGGAAUGCCCUGGCCAGAAGACUGCUCCAGGCGCUGGCCCCAGACACGGUGUAUUCUGGGCACCAGCUAGCAAGUCGUCCCGUGUCAAGCGUGGAGGCGCUGCGGAUGGACAAUUCCUCUUCAUCUUGAACGAGCUUGGCAAUUCCGUGACUGGAUACUCUGUCACAUACCCCUCGGGAGGAGGAUGUUUGACUUUGUCACCUAAGCAAACGAUCAAUCCCUACCAAGGCAAUGCAGCCGCACCCGCUGGAACCAAGCUUGGAGAGAUCCGUGCCAGGGACAACUAUCUCUACACUUCGAACCGUAAUGACAAGAAGUUUGGUCCCCAGCUCGACUCCAUCACCCAAUACACCAUUGCAAAUGACGGGACGCUCACUUUCACUGAGCUCACUUCUGCUUUUGGUUAUUAUCCUCGCACAUUCGAUAUCAACAAGGCAGGAGAUUACGUCGCCAUUGGAGGGCAGACCAGCGCCACUGUUGCCAUUGUCAAGCGAGAUCCUAAGACGGGUAAAUUGACGGGUCAAGCCGCAUCCUUGAGAAUUGGAACAACAGGCACCCCAGAGAACGAGGAUGGUGUCAGUGCAGUCGUUUGGGCCGAGUAGAUGUCUAGAAGCUGG